AUGGAGCUCGCUGCCGUCGCCUCCGCGUGCGUCCCGUGCCCCAGGCUCGCCGCGCCCACCCAUACGGCUGCCGCUGCCGGCCAUAGAUGUCACCCAAACAUCGGCUCCUCGUCGAUCACAGCCGUCGGCGUCGCGCCCAUCCGCAGCAGAAGCAGAUCGCAACGGAACGCGCGCAGGAGCGCCGGUGCAGCGCGAGCCGCCAUGGCGCCGACAGAGUACGCGGAGGGGGAGCGCGACGCGCCGGAGUGGGCGGGCGAGACGAAGUUCUCGGGGAUGGUGAACGCGGUGAUCGGGUUCAAGCCGCUCUACGACCUCAUGAAGAUCGGCGCGCGCCAGAUGCUCAUGAGCACGGCGGAGAAGAGCGGCGUGCCGUGGCGCAAGAUAGUGGAGGAGCUGCAGCAGUCGCCGGAGCUGGUGGCGGAGAAGGAGGCGCUGGAGAAUAAAGACAUCGUGUACCCCGAAUACUACGUGAAGCCCUUCCACGCGUACGACCAAGGCAAUCUCUGCUGGCAGGCGGCGUACGAGGUGGAGGCGGCGACGCUGUCCAUGUGCCGGCGCGCCAUCCCGUGGGCGGACUCCGCGGAGGAGGCUGCGCGCAUCCUGCGCCUGGGGUGGCUGGACACCAUUCAGGCGCACCACGCGGCGCACGCGGGGGGCGCGCCCGUGCAAGCGGUGCUGGACGUGGGGUGCAGCGUGGGCGUCAGCACGCGGUGGCUCGCCUCGUACUACCCCGAGGCUGACGUCACCGGCCUGGACGCAUCUGCAUACUUCCUCGCCGUGGCAUCGCUGCGUGCGAAGCAGCAGCAGCAGGACGCGGCAGUGCAGCUGCAGGGGGGCAACCCCGCCAAGCCCAUCCGCUGGGUGCACGCCCUCGGGGAGGACACUCGUAUGCCCUCAGACUCCUUCGACCUCGUCUCCUUCGCCUUCGUUUUCCACGAGUGUCCACCAGAUGCCAUCAGGGCCCUGCUCACAGAGGCCAAGAGGCUGCUCAAACCAGGCGGCACUGUCGCCUUCACUGACAACUCGCCUAAGUCGAAAAUCAUUCAGAACCUGCCGACGCCAGUGGCAGCGCUGAUGAAGUCAACAGAGCCGCAUUCAGAUGCCUACUACCUGUGCAACGUGGAGGGCAUGAUGAAGGACCUGGGCUUCACACAUGUCACCACUCCCCUCAGUCCGCCAGUGGCAGUUAUAAUCCGCGCAGCAGCAGCAGCAGCAGCAGCAGCAGCAGCAGCAGCAGCAGCAGCAGCAGCAGCAGCAGCAGCAGCAGCAGCAGCAGCAGCAGCAGCAGCAGCAGCAGCAGCAGCAGCAGCAGCAGCAGCAGCAGCAGCAGCAGCAGCAGCAGCAGCAGCAGCAGCAGCAGCAGCAGCAGCAGCAGCAGCAGCAGCAGCAGCAGCAGCAGCAGCAGCAGCAGCAGCAGCAGCAGCAGCAGCAGCAGCAGCAGCAGCAGCAGCAGCAGCAGCAGCAGCAGCAGCAGCAGCAGCAGCAGCAGCAGCAGCAGCAGCAGCAGCAGCAGCAGCAGCAGCAGCAGCAGCAGCAGCAGCAGCAGCAGCAGCAGCAGCGUGGAAUGGAGAGCAGACAAGACAGCCGAGGUAUCUGUUGGGGGAGGGAGGAUGGGGUGAAACAAGUGCAAUCGUGCUGUCAGUGGCAGUAGCAGCGCUCCCGUCGUCCAUUCCCUGCUUCUGCCUGCACUCACAUAGGCGUGCCGGGUGGAAGGACGGAUGGGAGAGAGAGGAUGGGGAGGAAGGGCAGGAAGGGGAGGAAGGGGAGGAAGGGGAAAAAGGGGAGAAAGCUGCUGCUGCUGGCGCUGGUGGCUCUGGUGGUGGUGGCGGUGGUGGCGGUGGUGGCGCUGGCGGUGGUGGUGGUGGUGGUGGUGGUGGUGGUGGUGGUGGUGGUGGUGGUGGUGGUGGUGGUGGUGGUGGUGGUGGUGGUGGUGGUGGUGGUGGUGGUGGUGGUGGUGGUGGUGGUGGUGGUGGUGGUGGUGGUGGUGGUGGUGGUGGUGGUGGUGGUGGUGGUGGUGAUGGUGGUGGUGGUGGUGGUGGUGGUGGCGGUGGCGGUGGUGGCAGAAAAGGUGGUGGCGUGUAG